AUGGAGACGUCGGACGAUUUGUACGCCACCCCUGCUGAGAAGCUCGGUGUCUUUGUGGCUCACGCGCUCCAGCCGGAUAAAGAGUGGAAGGAUGAGAUCAAAGAUGUCUUUGAAAGGAUUGCUGGAUUCUUUCAAAAGCAAUGCUUCCAGGACUAUACCAUGAGAGGCAAAAAGAUCAAGGUGACAAAGGUGGUGAAGGGUGGGAGUCUGGUCUUCCUUGUACAGAGACGACACACUUGUGAUGUGGACAUGCUCCUUUUCCUGAGCUGUUUCUCCAGCUAUGAAGACCAAUACAAACUCCGAGGUCCCAUCAUUAAAUUCAUGAUGGAGAAACUUGAGAAGUGCCAAAAAAGCAUAGCUUAUGACAUUACCAACGUCUCAAAACCAGAGUGCUCAAAUAAGUCUGUGCCCCCCCAAUCCCUGAACUUCGAUGUCCAGUCAAGGAAGUGGAAGAAACAGAUCCAUGUGAACGUGCUGCCAGUCUUCGAUGCUCUAGGAAAAGAAAAUCCACCCUCAGAUCUGGAACCAAGACUUACCGUAUAGCAAAAGGUCUAUGAAAAUCUAAUAAAGAGUGGAAGGAGCCCGGGAGAGUUCACUCCAUCCUUCAGUGCACUACAAAAAAGUUUUGUGAAACAGCGUCCUACCAAGUUAAAGAGCCUUCUUCGCCUAGUGAAAUACUGGUACCGAGAGUAUGUGGAAAACAAAUACCCAGAAAAACAUUGCCCCCCCACAUAUGCCCUGGAGCUGCUGACUAUCUAUGCCUGGGAGACAGCAACCCAAAAAGCAGAAGACUUCUGGCUAGCUAAAGUAUUUGUGACUGUGAUGAAGCUGCUGAAGGAGUGCAAAAGGAUCUGUAUCUACUGGACCGACUACUACAAUUUUGAAAGUCAUGUGGUUGAGCACUUCGUGAAAAGGCAGCUGAGGUAUGAUAGACCAGGCAAGAAGAAGAAAAGGCCAGUUAUCUUGGACCCAGCAGACCCCACCAACAAAGUAGGAUACGAAUGUGAGUGGUACCUAGUAAUCCAAGAGGCUUCCUACUGCCUUAAACAGGCCUGCUGUCGAAUGAAAGAUGGAAGGUACAUCUCAAGCUGGAGAAUAAAGGGAGCAAGAAAUAUAUGGGUGACUCUAACAUGUCCUGGUUUAUGGGAGUUGAAAUACUAUGUGAAUCCCUGUGACCCCAUCCAAGAGAUGAAAAAGGAGAUUGAAAGGGUUAAAAAGAUCCCCAUAGCUGAUCAGCGCCUCUCCUUUGAGGAACCCAACACAAAGCCCGAGGUAUUGAUGGGACACAAGACCCUGGCAAAAUACCGUAUCUUCUACCAAAUACAAAUCCAAGUGCUGGAUAUCAAUUCUGCCAGAUACAAAAUCCAUGUGAAAUUUCCUGAUGACACCUACCAAACCUACCCCUUUGAAAGCAAAGAUACUGUCCUGAUGGUGAAACAGCAGAUUGAAGAUCAGAAAAUGCUGCCUGUGACGGGGCAGAAUCUAAGAUUCCAAGGUCAACUCCUUCAGAUGGGAAAAGAUCUCAUAGACUAUGGCAUUAAAGAUGGCGACACCCUGGAGUUUGAGUUGACCAGAAAGGAAAAACGCAGGUUGGAGAAAAAGAAAAGAAAGGAGGCAUUGACUUCUCUUCCUGUUGGUGUCUCUGGCUCCUCGUGUACUACAAAAGGCAUCAGGCACAGAGGAUGUGUUACAGGACCGAGGGAGCAGAUAGGCUCACGUGUGGGAGAUCUCUGAUCCAUAGUGCCAUAUGUGGCUUGGUCUAUACAUACUUCAGUCUAUAACGAAUCCCUGGAGAAGAUUCAAGAGGUUUAUGAUAAGUGAAUGAAUGAAUAAGCAUCUAUUAAGUACUUACUAUAUACUAAGCACUGAGUAGCAACAGCCCCUGCCUUCCCAGAGCUCACACUCUAAUUGGGGGAGAAAACACACAUCAGAGUUCAUUUGCAAAGCUAAUGGGAAGCUCCAGAAGUCCUAAAGGUGCAUCAAAGGGGUGGAUGGCAAGGCAUUGGGUUCUUUGGGGUGUAUCAGCCGGUCGGAUGGCAG